GCUGCUCCACACAUUUUUGUGUUCUCAUGUGUCGUCCUAUCACUCGAUCGAGAGACGUUGCGGUCGAUUGAUCCAGUUCUUGGGAAAUCGAUAGCAAAUCGAUCGAUAUAGCUCAAGUUUCCGGGAAACGAUUGCUCUGGUUGGAUUGAAUCGCGAUGGAGAAGCAGAGGGAGCAAGAUUUCCUGGACCGGCUGGUGAUCUUCCUGGCCAAGCGCGAUGGCAUCGACAAGCUGGUCAAGACGCUCCAGUACACCGGUAAGCUCUCGCACUGGCAUCUCUCGCGGCGGAGCAAGCGAUCAAGCGUCCCCAAUCUCGCCACUCGCGCCAAGGCGCUCGAGGUCUCGUGCGGCCUCGCGCGCAAGGCCUUCCGCCUCGGCCGCUGGCUCUCGGGCCUCAACAAUCUCCGCGCGCCAGCGCCCAAUCUCCCCUUCCUCGCGCUCGCCAUCCUCGCCAACGCCGGGGAGAUGGUCUACUUCUUCUUCGACCACUUCACCUGGCUCUCGCGGAUUGGCGUGCUCGAUCCCAGCCUCGCCCCGCGCUUCUCCCUCGUCUCGGCAUCCGGGGAGGCGUUCGGCUACGUCUUCUUCGUGAUCGCCGACGCCAUUCUCAUCGCGCAGGGCGUCCGGGAGGAGCGGAGGCUCGCGCUGGAGCUGCAGGCGAUGGUGAGGAGCCGGGACACGAAGCUGGGCGAUGAAUCGAGCAAGCUGGGCGGGCAGAUCCAGGCCAAGAGGGUUGCGAUCGCGGCAAUCCGGGUGAAGAGAGUGAUGUCGGCCAUGGCGAUCGCUGCUAACGUCGCGGAUUUCGUGAUCGCGCUCGCGGACAUCGAGCCCAAUCCGUUUGUGACCCAUGCCGUGACGCUGGGGAUCAGUGGAUUGGUCUCAGCGUGGGCGGGAUGGUAUCGAAACUGGCCAUCGUCUUAGUUGCAUUUUUGGAGAUGCCAAAGGGAUCUAAAGUUGAUCCGAUA